AUGGAUUUUGGUAGUAAACGGCGGUGGGGAGGAUCUGUACCCGGGCAUGAGGUCAAGAAGCGAAAAAGGGAUGAGAUAAAUGAGCAAAUCAUGGGAAAUUACUUCAACGACCCACCCUUGUAUGGCGAUGGUUUGUUUCGGCGAAGAUUUCGGAUGCGUAAAUCCCUAUUUCUUCGCAUUGUCGACGAAGUGUCAGCUAGGAACAGUUAUUUCGUCCAGAAGAGGAAUGCUUCAGGGGACAAAGGUUUUACACCAAUUCACAAAUGUUUAGUUGCCAUGAGAAUGUUGGCCUAUGGGGGCAGUGCUGAUGGUUUAGAUGACACCUACGCAAUGGCAGAGACCACUGUCAUCGACACCCUUUUCGAAUUUGUGGAGACCGUUAUAGACCUAUAUGAGAAAGAAUACUUGAGGCCACCUAGGGCUAGGGAGCUGGAAGUAAUUCUUAGGCAAAAUGAGGCUAGAGGUUUUCCAGGCAUGAUCGGAAGUAUAUACUGCAUGCAUUGGCAAUGGGAGAACUGUCCAUCAUCUUGGGCUGGUAUGUACAAGGGACAUAAGGGCAAACCAACGGUUAUCCUUGAGGCAGUAGCUACUCAAGAUCUGAGGAUUUGGCAUGCAAUUUUUGGACUCCCAGGGUCUCACAAUGAUAUAAAUGUUCUACAACGUUCUCCUAUAUUUGAUGAGCUUGCAUCAGGGAGGACACCUGAAGUUGAGUAUUGGGUAAAUGGAAACCCAUACACUAUGGGAUACUACUUGGCUGACAAGAUUUAUCCAAAUUGGGCAACUUUUGUGAAGACGGUGAGCGCUCCAGCAAGCAUGAAGCACAAGGUAUUUGCUAGCAUUCAAGAAUCAUGUAGGAAAGACGUGGAGAGAACUUUUGGAGUACUGCGAAAAAAAUUCAAGAUCAUCUAUAACCCAGCCCGGAUGUGGAGCCACAAAAAACUGAAUGGAAUCAUGCGUGCUUGUGUCAUUCUGCACAACAUGGUGAUAGAAGACGAGCGUGAUAUUUACGUAAACCCAGAGGAUACACAAGGAUUUGAAGGGGCUGAUGAUCCACCUGUUAGCCAGAAUAGAGAUGUUCCAGCGAUUGAUAAGCUCAUUAACACGUAUAACUGCAUCAAGAGCAAGGAAACGUCCACACAGCUGCAGCAGGACCUCAUUGAACACAUCUGGGGUCUUUACGGUGCUUCAACUGGACCUUUUGCAACAAGGUAG